CUUGUAGGAGGAACUCACUCCCCAUUGAUCUCAGACAGACAACAUGCUACACUACAUUCAAGAAGAACAUUAAGACCUACCUGUUUAAAAACUUUUUUAGAUUAGUUUUUUUUUUAAGCUCUCGUGUUUAUGUUUGUAAUGUUAUCACAGCGUACAUUUUGUUUGUUAACAGCCCUUUAUAAAUAAAAUUAUUAUUGUUAUUAUAAGUUUUUCAAGUUUUCAGGCUUUUUUCAUUGCAUUUCUGAACCAAUUUGUUAAUUUCAGAUUUUUUAAGAGCACUGACAUUCUGUCCCUCAAUAAACAGAACUUCUGCAUGAAGUAUUGUCUCAAUAUUUAGUACAAAAUGCAGCCACAAUUCAGCUCACGGGUUCUGAAAGAAAGUUUUGAUUAUGGUGGGACACUUCUCUUGUGAAAAGAAAUAUGAUUUCAAAGCAGGAUAUAAUUUAAAAUAGUUUCUCCACCAAAUGCAUUAGAGAUAACCACUUAGUCUUUCCGUAGCCUGAAUUCUGCUCUUUUCUAAAUAGAUGAAUUUUCUUUUUUUCUGUUAAAGAUUUCCAGCAAUCGGAGGCACAAAAUAAAGUAUCAUCAGGGGAAACUGUUUCAAUUUAUUGUGGGCUCGAAGCUUCUGUGAACACUGUCAAAACUGGACAUUACUAAGCUGCUUCUUGAGUUUGUUAUUAUAUAAAGGCCAAACUUUUUGAAAUGAUUGUUCCAAAUUUGAUUUAAAACAGUUAUGGAAAACUGUAAGAUAGACAAAAAAUGGCUGUACCACCAGGAAAAACUCCAAUCAGUUACUUACAAGAGUAUGCUACUAAACAUGCUAUAACACCACAGUAUGAUCUCAUUGCCAAUGAAGGAGCAGUGCAUGAGCCUAUUUUUAUAAUGCGGGUAACUGUUGGUGAUUUUGCUGUAGCAACUGGAAAAGGUUCCAGUAAAAAGAAAGCAAAGCAUGCUGCAGCACAAAAUGCACUGAAUACGCUCAUGGGAGUCACUUCUAAUGGACCCGAAGAAGUUAAGCAAGAUAUAUCUACAACUAACACAACAACAGAGAAAGAUGAUGAUAUUGGUAAUCCUAUAGGAGAGCUUCAGGAAUUCACACAGAAAAAACUAUUGAAACCUCCUCAUUAUGAUUUUGUCACAGAGCAAGGUCCUCCACAUGCCAGAGAAUUCAUCUGCAACAUCAAAUUGGGAAAGUUUGUUGACAAAGGUACUGGACGUUCUAAGAAAACAGCGAAACGAACAGCCGCAGCAAAUAUGUUGGCUCAACUUAAAGCAUUGUCUCAGAAUAAAGAGACAGAAAAACAGCUUGAAGAUUCUGACGAGGAUGAAGAGAUACCGCUGGGUUUUGAGAAUUCUACUUAUACUGGAAUGAAACAGUCUAAGAAGAAAUCAAAGCUAGCCAACUCUCAAUCUGCUGUUGAAAUUCAUCGAUUCUACGAAAAAGUAAUGGCUGCUGCAGGGAAGCAGGUAAGGGGUCAAAAUCAGAAUCUGACCCCUCCUACCAACUAUUGCCAGAUGCUUCAAGAAAUUGCUGAAGUUCAGAGAUUUGAAGUACAAUAUUUUGAUAUUAAAGAUGAAAGUGUAAUGGGCUUAAACCAGUGUUUGGUACAGCUUUCUACAACACCUUUAGCAGUGUGCCAAGGGACUGGACCCAUCAUGGAUGAAGCACAUGCCAAUGCAGCUCACAACGCUCUACAGUACCUUCGCAUUAUGAUUAAGUAACACUGGUGCCCAGGAAAUGUCAUAGCCUCACACUGAUCAAGGAAAGAGAGACGGACUAGAGGAAUCAUAUUUAUAGGCUUUUGUAUCAUACAAACUUUUUUCUUUUAUAAAAAGAAGGGGAUUAGAUGUUUUUUUGAAGUCUUAAUUAUAAGAAAAUUUAUAAUAUUAUAAUAUUGAAUCGGAGAAAAAAAUUAAAUUGUUACUUAUUACAUAUUUCUGUAGCAAAAAUAAUUAUUUAAUUAUUUUGUAAUUGUUAAAUUGCUUUGUUUAUUUAAUAAUUUUUUAGGUUUUUCUUUGUAAACAAGUGUAAAUUGUUUAUUUGUUUUGCAAUACACAAAUUACAUUUGCUGAAUAAGAAAUUCUGUUAAAAAUCUGGUCUUCUUCCUCAGUCUUGCUACACACUACUUUGUUUGAGUGUGAGACUAUGUGAUAUCCUGGGGUAUUGGCCAGAUGUGUUGAAUAAAUGAGGAGUGACUUUGUGCUGUCUUUUUGUUUUGUCCAUUAUUUUCUUAUUUAUCUGUGAACAACAUUUUGUAAUAGUUCAUAGCCCAACAUUUGCUGUUGAUGAGGAUAGAGAUAUUGUAUUAUGCAUUUACUUUUAUUUAAUGAAUAUAGAAAGAAGAUAAGUCUGCCAUUGAAGAUAUUAUCAGAUCAUUUUUUUUCAUCAUUUAAUAAAUUGUUUAUUAAUUAGCUUUUUAUUGUAAAGUUGUUGUUUUUUUGUAUCAUGGUGUUUGCUAUUGAUUAAAGCAAAGAUGUUUAUUGAUCUUUGCUGACAGUGAUAUGUGCAUAUGUGUUCUUUUUAAAUAUUUAAUAUAAUUUUUACCAGUUUCAAUAUGUUCCAGUCUAAGUGUAAGCUCAUCUUAUUUUUGUAAUGCCAAGUAAAGCUACUGUAAGAUUAAUAUUUCAUUUGAUACAGUAUGUACAGCUAAUGACAUAAGCACAGCAUAAUUAGGCGGCUUUUUUUGUUAAGUCCCUAUAUUUCUGAGCUUAGACAUGAACAUAUUGAAAUGAUCAAGAGGAGAGUAAUCUAACAGCUGUGACUGUUGAGUAUUAUAUUUUAUAUGAUUUUUAAUUGCGUCCUAGUAGCUGCCCUGGAUGCAAAAGAUAAAAAUGUAUACAUUAAUUUUUAUAGUAUACAAUUUACUAUGUCUAAUAAGUUAUCAUGGGAAAAGAAACAUUACAGCUAUUGCCUUUUAUUAGAAGUAAAGUUCCUUUUGCUGUGACCCACAUGCUUUUUUUUUUUUUUUUCAUGUUUAAGUAAAAAUAAAAAAUGCACAUUUUUGUUUUCCAAAGCUGUGAUGUGUGACAACAUCCAAUUCUUUAUUAAUGUGUAGAAAUGGCUUGUAAGGGAACAUCUCAGUUACACAGAUGUUAUUUCUGUUUAUCUAAAUAUUUGUUUUACCCACCAUUUGCAAGGUAAUUAUAAAAGAACUAAUUUUUUAAAAAAUUUUGUUGAUAUACAAAAUAAAUAAUUAAUUACCGGGUACUUAUCACUUAAAUUGACACAUUUAAGACAUAUUUAUCUUCAUGUUUAAUGAGUUAUUAAGGCUUCUGUAUCAGCUACUUCUUUAAUGUCUGUUAUAUAUUUACUUUAAUUUGUUGUCAUGUCUGUCAAUGUGACUUAGCAUGUUUCCUUGUGAGCCACUCCUUAUUUGAUGUCCAGUCAGAAAUAAAGCUGGUACUUGCACAUGGAAAAAAGAAAA